AUGCCGGCAGCCCGCGCCGGGCCGCGCCGGGCCGCUCUGCGCCCGCUGCAUCGCGGCGGCCCGUCCGUGCUGAGCCGCCCUCCCCUCGGCACCUUCUCCGCCCCGCUCGCCUCCUCCUCCCACGGAGCCACCCUCCUCCUCCGCCCCCUCUCCCUGCCAGCCUCCUCCCCGCCCUUCCCCGCACUCCACGCCGGUGCUGGAGCCGCGCGUCACUCGGGCUCCAGCCCCGCCGCAGACAUGGCGACACUGACAGCGGUCCAGCCGCUCACGCUGGACAGAGAUGUUGCAAGAGCAAUUGAGUUACUGGAGAAACUGCAAGAAUCUGGAGAAGUACCAGUACACAAGCUACAGUCUCUCAAGAAGGUGCUGCAGAGUGAGUUUUGUACAGCUAUCAGAGAGGUGUAUCAAUACAUGCAUGAAACCAUAACUGUUAAUGGCUGCCCCGAAUUCCGAGCCAGGGCCACUGCAAAGGCAACAGUUGCUGCUUUUGCUGCAAGUGAAGGCCAUUCACACCCGCGAGUGGUGGAGCUGCCAAAGACUGAUGAAGGCCUGGGCUUUAAUGUCAUGGGAGGAAAGGAACAGAAUUCACCUAUUUAUAUUUCUCGCAUCAUUCCUGGAGGAGUGGCAGAAAGGCACGGAGGGCUCAAACGGGGGGACCAGCUGCUUUCGGUUAACGGAGUGAGUGUGGAAGGAGAGCACCACGAGAAGGCAGUGGAGCUGCUGAAGGCGGCUAAGGACAGUGUCAAGCUGGUGGUACGCUACACUCCCAAGGUGCUGGAGGAGAUGGAGGCUCGCUUCGAAAAACUGAGAACAGCCCGGCGCCGGCAACAGCAGCAAUUGCUCAUUCAGCAGCAGCAACAGCAGCAAACUACACAGCAAAACCAUAUGUCGUAGGUUAUUCUCAAGGAAAAAGAAACCUCGAUCAAGAGUUCAGUGAUCAACCACCAGAGCUCCCGCAAAAGGAAACAACUGCAGGAACACAAAACAGAAUUCAUCUGGAGAAUGUGCAGUGCAAGAGUGAUGUAAUUAAGACAUCCAUAGGGAGAGUAUCGUCAUGAUAAAAGACUUUUUUCAGCACAUGGCUGUCACAGAUAAUGGUACUUCUGUGACUCUAUUCCUAAUGAGAACAACAUGAUAGGUAAACACUAUAAAACAGAGAAGUCCAGGGCUUCCAAAUAAUUCUGUUUGAUCUAAUCUCGCACUCCUUACUCUGACAAAUUAGCCAGUUGGCUUUCUCUAGUCAGUGAAAGUUUUGUUUUAAGGAGAUCAAGAUUGGCUGCUUUUGAGGACAGAAUCUUUCCAUACAGUUAUCCCCAGAAAUGAACUACAUCAGUUCAAAAUUUUGCCACAGACAUCAAAGUCAUACAUCACGCUUCAUAGUCACUUUGUACUAUAUAUUGUAGAGCUGUUUUAACCUAACUUCCUAUUUAUAAUUUUCAAUUUUCCCCCUGGA